GUUCAGCUGGAAGCGGAAGUUGUUGGCUGCUUCUGUCCACUGUGUCUAAGCUACAGGCUAAUUUUGCAGUUUGACGUGCAUCUUCGUACUUUGGGACCAUUUCAUACCAUUAAACAAAAACAUGAAAACGUCUAAAAUGUGCGAGACACGAAGCGCACACUACCAGGGAAAUGAUUUUCCCCCGGAGCGCCCUUGAAGAAGGGGGAAAACCGCUGUAAAGGAACCCGGAAGUGUUGAUGCACAGGUAAACAACAGUGUGCCAUGAAGGGCCAAGAAAAUGCAGGACUUCCUUGCAUCCAGUUGCCUGAGCAGCUCCCAACAGCCACCAAAACAAUGAGUGCCAAAUAUGGUCUGGUGGGCUAUAACAGUUCACGGAAAUAUAUUUCAAUAUCUAUCCCCUCAUCCACGGAGGUGAUGUCACCCCACAUAAAGUCGGUUGAGGAGCUGAGAGUCUUGGGUAUUAACCUGAGUAGCUUCAGUGCCCCAGCACAGUUUUUCAUCUGUGUGGCUGGAGUGUUCCUCUUUUAUCUCAUCUAUGGCUACUUGCAGGAGCUGAUUUUUUCUGUAGAAGGAUUCAAACCCUUUGGUUGGUACCUCACUUUGGUCCAGUUUGGCUUCUAUUCUGUAUUCGGGCUAGUGGAGCUUCAACUCACACCCGACAAGCGCAGAAGGAUACCAUGGAAGACUUACGUGAUUAUAGCAUUUUUAACAGUGGGCACCAUGGGCAUGUCCAAUACCUCACUGGGCUACUUGAACUACCCUACACAGGUCAUCUUCAAGUGUUGUAAGCUCAUCCCUGUCAUGAUCGGUGGAGUGUUUAUACAAGGUAAACGAUAUAAUCUGAUCGAUGUGUGUGCUGCUCUCUGCAUGAGUCUGGGGCUCAUCUGGUUUACCCUCGCCGACAGCAAAGUGGCCCCCAAUUUCAAUGUCACCGGAGUUCUGCUCAUCUCUCUGGCGCUGUGUGCAGAUGCUGCAAUUGGAAAUGUGCAGGAGAAAGCCAUGAAGCUCCACAACGGCUCCAACUCUGAAAUGGUGCUGUACUCGUACUCCAUUGGUUUCAUCUACAUUCUCACAGGGCUGAUCUGUGUGGGUGGGCUGGGCCCAGCAGUGGCAUUCUGCUCAGAGCAUCCUGUGAAGACCUACGGUUAUGCGUUCUUCUUCUCUCUUACGGGUUAUUUUGGCAUCUCCUUCGUACUGGCUUUGAUCAAACUCUUUGGUGCCCUGGUUGCUGUUACAGUGACCACAGGCCGAAAGGCCAUGACUAUCGUACUUUCCUUCUUCUUCUUCACAAAGCCUUUUACUUUUCAGUACAUCUGGGGGGGCCUUCUGGUGCUCUUUGGAAUCUUCUUGAAUGUUUAUAGUAAAAAUCAAGACAAAAUUAAACUGCCAUCUUUGAAGGACCUCAGGAGCUGGCUGCUGAUAGGAAAAAAAGUCAGAUUUAUAUCACAAAAUGUAUAGAAGGGACCCACGGUUGUAGCAGAAGUCCUGCACUGACAUACUUUACAUCUGAAGAUGUGCUGUUCAUCCACCCGUCUCAGCGUGCUCCAGCCAAGAGCCUUAUCACCGACAACACAGAGCCAAGGAUGAUGAUGAUGAUGAGAUUUGGGCACCUUGAAUUACGAAGGUCCACAGAGCUACUCUAUUCCCCAUGUUCCACUACAUAGCUGGUGUAGAACAUAGUGAACUUACUCAGACUUUUUGCAAGGGGACCAAUGGCUGAUGAGCUUUUUUUAAAGCAUCUCACACAAUGAAGAAUAACACAACAGACUCUAAAGGGGAGACCGUACUGUCACUAAUCAAAUUGCACAAGUUUGCACUGGAAAGGAGGGAAGAAGUGGACCAGUUAUAGGGUAGAAAAUACAUUGACACUAUAACCUGUUGGGUGCGAAAAGAAUGUGUGUGGCCACCCUCAAAUGUUUGCCCUGCAUGUGCUGAAAAAAAACUGGCAUUUUAUUGAAUUAUCUUGACAGAAGUGACUUUUUAAUAGUUUAUUUGUAACUUAUAUCUUGUGCCCUAAAUAAUGGGAAAACAUCAGUUAACGUGGUGACAUGUUAGAGAAGUAAGGGGCAAUUUACUCCCCUUUGCGUCAACGGUGUAAACUGCCAUUAUUUGCUAACAGUGUGUUUGGGUCAAAGGGUACAAAACAGUUUUACAAUAAAACAAAUGGACACAUUUGUCUUAAAGUU